UAGUAUCAUGCAUUGUCACCUAGACAUUUAAGUGAUGUGGCAAUUAAUAAAUGAAGAAAAAAAUAGUACUAGUAUCAUAAUAUGAUACCGAUAACAUGAUAUUUCCUAAGGUAUCAUGUCUCUUGCAAACCAAUAAAUGGAUGCACUAUGCUGCCAUGCUUAUGAUACCAUUACUACGAAGAUAAGGAAAAUGGGGGAAUUUCGCUGCGAACGGCAAUGGCGUCCAUCUCACUCUCAUCUGAACGAGCAACACACGCAGCAACAAUAGUUUAACGGAGUAUAGCGUCCUAUCCUAAAUUCCUUCCUAAUCCUACGGACUAUAGCGUCGUAGAUCACCAGUUCCCAUCCUCUUCCAAUCUUCCAAGGAGUCAAAAGAGAAUCUCUGAGCCGCCGCCGCCGCCCUCCGAUCUGAAGCGGCCGCCGGGAUGGCGACGGAACCUCCUCCGGUCGCGGUCGUGACGGUCCCGUUCCCGGCGCAGGGCCACCUGAACCAGCUCCUCCACCUCUCCCUCCUCCUCGCCUCGCGCGGGAUCCCCGUCCACUUCGCCGCGCCGGAGCCGCACCUCCGCCAAGCCCGCGCGCGCCUCCACGGCUGGGGCCACCACCACGACCUCGCCGCCAUCCGCUUCCGCGCCCUCGCCGUCCCGCCGCACGCGAGCCCGGACCCGGACCCCACUUCUUCUUCCCCGUUCCCGGCGCACAUGCAGCCGCUCUUCGAGGCCUUCUGCGCCGGCGCCGGCGCUUCUCUCGCCGCGCUCCUGGCCGAGCUGGCCGCCGCGCACCGCCGCGUCGUCGUGCUCCACGACCGGAUGGCGGCGUUCGCGGCCGCCGAGGCGGUCAAGCUGCCCAACGGCGAGGCGCUCGGCGUGCACUGCCUCGCCGCGUCCUACAACGUCGGGUGGGCGGAUCCCGGCCACGCCCUCCUCCGCGAGCACGGCAUGGCGUUCCACCGCCCCGACGCCUGCGCCACGCCGGAGUUCAUCGCGCUCGCCCGCCGCAUGGGCCAGGAGCGCCGCCGCGCGCCCGGCGCCGGCAUGGUCGUCAACUCCUGCCGCGCUCUCGAGGGGGAGUUCCUCGAUGUCCUCCUCCCCCUUCUCCCUUCCUCCUCCGAUGGACGCAAGCUGUUCGCCAUCGGGCCCCUGAACCCACUCCUCCCCCCGGACACGGGGAAGACGACUCCAGAGGCCCUCGAGCGGCACGAGUGCCUGCGGUGGCUCGACGAGCAGCCGCGGGCCUCCGUGCUGUACAUCUCCUUCGGCACGACGUCCUCCCUCCGCCGCGAACAGCUCGCGGAGCUCGCCGAGGCCCUGCGCAAGAGCGGCCAGCGGUUCCUGUGGUCGCUCCGGGACGCCGACCGCGCCGACAUGCGCGCGCCCAGCCCCACCUCUCCCGGCGCCGACAUGCGAGUCGCGGCGGGAGAGAAGGGCAUGGUGGUGACGGGGUGGGCGCCGCAGCUGGAGAUCCUGGCGCACGGGGCAACGGCGGCGUUCAUGAGCCAUUGCGGGUGGAACUCGACGGUGGAGAGCCUGAGCCACGGGAAGCCCAUCCUGGCGUGGCCGAUGCACAGCGACCAGCCGUGGGACGCGGAGCUCGUGUGCAGGUACCUCGGCGCCGGGAUCCUCGUGCGCCCAUGGGAGCGGCGCGGGGAGGUCACGCCGGCCGCAGGUGUCCGGGACGCCAUCGAGAGGGCGAUGCGGUCCGAGGAAGGGGAGCGCGUGAGGGAGGCGGCGCGGAAGCUCGGCGAGGCCGUCCGUGCCGACGUCGCCCAUGGCAGGUCCUCGCGCCGGGAUCUCGACGAUCUCGUCGCUUACAUCACCAGGUGAUCAUGGGCGGCGAUGUGUAUAGCUGGAGCUGUUGGGAUGGCUGUUUUAAGCUCCACUUGAUUCGAAUCCUAGAUCAUGGUGGACUGGUGGUGCUCUCACCACACCAGAGUUCAAAUUCUGGUUCGUUUUUGGAUGUUUGUAUUCAGCCUAAGGAAUUGAAUUGGGCCUGAAUGCCAAAUCAACCUACGCAUUGAAAUGGACUGCAAUUCAAGAUUUCCUGUUUGGAUGUACAUGUAUUUGGUA